AUGGGCAAAAACGACAAGAAAGACGCCGGUAAGUCUGCCGGCGGCAAGAAAGGAGGCAAGGGCGAGAGUGAGGACAAGGGGGGCAAGGCCAAGGGCGCGCAGUCCAUCAACGUUCGGCACAUCCUGUGUGAGAAGCAUGCGAAGAAGGAGGAGGCUCUGGCCAAGCUGAGAGAUGGAACCAAGUUCGAUGAGGUUGCCAGAGAAUUCUCCGAAGACAAGGCGAGGCAAGGCUGGAAGACGAAGGGAAGCCUGGACCCCAAGUUCGAGGACGUUGCCUUUGCUCUGACCACAAGCACGACGGCAAGCCCGGUUUACGGCGAAGCCAAGACAGAGUUUGGAUACCACAUCAUCAUGGUGAGUCUCGGCAUUUGUCGUGGGCUCCGCGGCACACACUAA